AUGGAAUUAUUCAAGGUCGGCGGUCAAAUACCCGACACAAAUUACCUAUUUCUUGGAGAUUUUGUGGAUCGAGGGUUUUAUUCAGUAGAAACAUUCCUACUGCUUCUUGCCUUAAAAGUCCGCUAUCCAGACCGAAUGAUGCUAAUUAGGGGAAACCAUGAGAGCCGACAAAUCACGCAAGUUUAUGGCUUCUACGAUGAGUGCCUACGAAAAUACGGAAGUGCUGCUGUUUGGAAGGCGUGUACCGAAGUCUUCGACUAUCUCUCCCUCUCAGCUGUAAUUGACGGAAAGGCGUUCUGUGUCCAUGGAGGAUUAUCUCCUUCGAUACAAACACUAGAUCAAAUUCGAGUAAUCGAUCGGAAGCAAGAGGUGCCUCAUGAUGGUCCUAUGUGCGAUUUAUUGUGGUCCGAUCCUGAAGAUUCAUCUGUUGGAUGGGGUAUGAGUCCACGGGGGGCCGGCUAUCUCUUCGGUGCUGAUGUUGUCAAGACCUUCUGCGAUACAAACGGCGUCGAUCUCAUAUGCCGGGCGCAUCAAUUAGUCAUGGAAGGUUAUAAGUGGCAUUUCAAUGAUACAGUGCUAACAGUUUGGUCUGCUCCGAACUACUGCUAUCGGUCAGUUAAAGAACCCUUAUCAGUGCACACACUACAUUUUUCAGUUCAUUUGGAUAUUUUUUACCGCUAA